UCCGCAGGAAAAUCCUGGCGUGCGUUUUACCACCACCACCAGCAGGAGGAACAAGACGAGCAGUCACUUGUUUCUCGGCCCCUUCCGCCGCCGCGCCGACAACAGCACCUCCUACACCACGGUACCACCACCACCAACGACGACAACAGCGACAACAGCAUCAACGACAAAGCAGGAAUCUAACUUCGUCGGGCAGACACCAAGCACCUCGUGCCGUUCCGAAGAGCGUUCUACCCCGACGCAGCAGCACCGCAUCCGAGGCAACAGCAGCAACAGCAGCAGCAGCAGCAGCAGCAGCAGAACAGCAGGAGGGUUCCCCCGCUAACGCCGGCGGCGGCGCCCCCCCGUUCCCAUCAGUUUCACGGGUUGAUCCGGCAGCCGCGGAACAGGAGACCGCUAUUAAGCUAAUGAGCCGAGAGGGGAAAUGGGAGAGCGCCCUGGAAAUGCUGCAGUGCAUCAGGGAUAAGGGGAUGAAGCCUUCCAUGUCGACCCACAUGGACGUGAUCGGCGUGUGCAGACGAGCCCUGGAGUGGGACCAGGCAUCCAAAGCCUACAGAGAGAUGAUAGAGGCGCAUCUGACGGAUCACCCAUUCGACGACAUGGCCUGCCAAGACUACGAAGACGAGUCCAACCACGUGUUCGCGAGGGCUUGCGGGAUAGUGGCGGGGAUGCAGGCCGACGCCGGUAUCAAGCCGAACAACGGUACUUACAGGGCUCUGCUGCAGCUCUGCAAAGACGAAGGGAGCUGGGAGGCGGCAAUCCUGCUGCUUGAGCACUCCCGGCGAUCCAAGACCAAGCUUAACCUCUUCUCCUUCGACCUUAUCAUCACGACCGUGGCGGAGCAAGGGUACAAGGAAGUGAGCACCAUGCUGUACGAGCUGGGAGUUGUAGAUGCAGACCGGGCGUUACUCGAGACCGAGGGGAACGGGGACGGGGACGUGGAGUGGCCGAAGUGGCCCCUAAAGGUCGGGCGCACAGGCGGAGCGAUACUUGAGCUGCACGAACUCACCCAAAGCAUCGCGCUGGAGACUGUGCAAGUGGCGUUAUUGGAUGUUAUUCGAAGGCCUUUGCGACGGCCUUACUGGAGUGGAGACAAGCGAUGGCGGAUAGUCACCGGCAAGGGGAACAACAGCAAGGACCGGGAGGCUGUAAUCAAGCCCGCAGUGGUGGAGCUGCUGGAGGACUUGGGCCUGAGGCCGGAAUUCCAGCAGCGCAACGAGGGGUGCGUCGAGCUCAAGCCCGCAAGCCUAGAGGCAUACAUCCGACGGAUGAAACGCCGGGGUGCGGCUGCUGCGGCCACCCCUCCAUAGCCCGUGUCUGGGCGGGUGCGCUCUCGACUUCAUUUUGGCUGAUCGAGGUGGCGUUCUCUCAUCUUAAGCCCUCCCCAUCUCUAUUUCCGAGAUUGCCGCCGUGGUUGAUAUUUGGAGCGUGGCUGAUUGGCGUUGGUGGCCAAGUCAGAGACAGCAAAACACAGUAUUGCUAGAAUGAGGAGCAGGCGAGGAAGGUGGCGGUCUUGGAAAAUAUAUUUUCUUGUAGUUGUUGUGCUACACGUGCUAUGAGUGCCAUGAGCAUUUUCUUUCUCGGCGUUUCUUUUUGGUACAAAUUGAUUCGGGGGGGCGUGCUGCUUGAUUUUUCUCUUCCUUCGCUCCAAAAGCAAAGCAUUUUUUCCACCGCUUGUUCCCAAGAGAGGAAAAGCGAUGGUCCCAUUUUUCAUCGGCUUUUUGUUUUUUUAGCUUGAACGUUGUUGGGCAAAGUUUUGGUGGCACUGUUCAUCCUGUCAUCGUGUUUUGCGUAAGGAGGUGGUCGUCCUCUCAUUAUUUAAUCUAGUCUAGUCCGUUACAGCGUGUGUUCGCGGCAAUGUUUCUGACAGGGCUGGAGGGGCUCGCACGAAGGGUUAACAAGGUGGAGGGGUGGCGGGGGAGCACCAACUCUUGUGGUUGGGGAACUUGUCUAACUUGUCUAACUUGUGUCUUGUGAAAUUUCGCUAUGUCCUCAUCAUGCUUUUUGGCGGGUCAGAGUGAAACCCAGCGGUUGAUUGAGCCACCCUGUGCUCGAACGUGGGAGGAUGGCUCUGGUUCUACUUAGAGCUGCGGGGUUGGGCUAACAUGUUGGAGACCGCGCCCUUUGCACCUGGUUGCUAGUAGCGGUAUCUUCUCCAUUUUGGCAUGUCUGCGAGCCUGCAACAUGUUCUAUCGUGCUUGGGGACUUUUUGCUAUGUUUGGAGUCGCCUUCGCCUG